AUGGAAUAUGAUGAUAAUCGGGUAUCAUUGAUGAAAAAGAGCAUGUUCUCAUAUUUUUCGGGUAGCAAACGUCCUGGUAAUGUUGGCAUUAGAAAACGAUGGGAGGAUAAAAUAAUCGAAGAUCUAGAAAAAUUUGGUAUUAAAAACUGGAGAAAAGACACUAGACUAAGAGAUAAAUGGAGACAAUUAAUUAAUCAAAAUGUAGGUAUUAAUCCUGCUCAUGUAGACAUUAAAAAUAUACUGUUGGACUACAAAAAACGUACACAAAAAAGAAGGUCUCAAGAAUCAGCUGCAAAGCGUGGCAUUAUCCAGCGGAAAGUAGCAGAAAUAUUAAAUAAAGAUAAUAAUAAUUAUUAUACAUGUCCAAAGUGUGGUAGUCGAUUCAAACCACAAGGAAUUACUGGGCAUGUAAAAUCAUGUGCAAAGCUGUGGUGCAAGAAGCACAAAAUUACAUUAAAAUAG